AUGGAACCAGAAACGGGGAGCAGCAUAGAGACUAGAAAGGGGGCCAACAGAGGCACUCGAGUCGCCCUCGCUGUGUUUAUUGGUGGCACUGUGGUGCUGGGCACGAUCCUCUUUCUAGUGAGUCAAGGUCUCUUAAAUUUCCAAGCUAAACAGGAGUACUGCCUGAAACCAGAGUGCAUCGAAGCUGCUGCUGCCAUCUUGAGUAAAGUAAAUCUGUCUGUGGAUCCUUGUGAUAAUUUCUUCCGGUUUGCUUGCGAUGGGUGGAUAAACAAUAAUCCAAUUCCUGAAGAUAUGCCAAGUUAUGGGGUUUAUCCUUGGCUGAGACAUAAUGUUGACCUCAAGUUGAAGGUACUGUUGGAGAAAUCAAUCAGUAGAAGGCGUGACUCUGAGGCCAUACAGAAAGCCAAAAUCCUUUAUUCAUCCUGCAUGAAUGAGAAAGCCAUCGAAAAAGCAGAUGCCAAACCACUGCUCCACAUUCUGCGGCAUUCACCUUUCCGCUGGCCUGUACUUGAAGCUAAUAUUGGUCCUGAAGGAGUUUGGUCAGAGAGAAAAUUCAGCCUUCUGCAGACACUUGCAACAUUUCGUGGUCAAUACAGCAAUUCUGUGUUCAUCCGUUUGUAUGUGUCCCCUGAUGACAAGGCAUCCAAUGAACACAUUUUGAAGCUGGACCAAGCAACACUCUCCUUAGCUGUGAGGGAAGACUACCUUGACAACAGUACAGAAGCCAAAUCAUAUCGGGAUGCCCUUUAUAGGUUCAUGGUGGACACUGCCGUGCUUUUAGGAGCUAACAGCUCCCGAGCAGAGCAUGACAUGAAGUCAGUGCUUAGAUUAGAAAUUAAGAUAGCUGAGAUAAUGAUUCCACAUGAAAACCGAACCAGUGAAGCCAUGUACAACAAAAUGAACAUUUCCGAACUGAGUGCCAUGAUCCCCCAGUUUGACUGGCUGGGUUACAUCAAGAAGGUCAUUGAUGUCAGACUGUAUCCGCACCUGAAAGACAUUGGCCCCUCCGAGAAUGUGGUGGUCCGCGUCCCGCAGUACUUUAAAGAUUUGUUUAGGAUAUUAGGCUCUGAGAGAAAGAAGACCAUUGCCAACUAUUUGGUGUGGAGAAUGGUUUAUUCCAGAAUUCCAAACCUUAGCAGGCGCUUUCAAUAUAGAUGGCUGGAAUUCUCACGGGUGAUCCAGGGGACCACAACUUUGCUGCCUCAAUGGGACAAAUGUGUAAACUUUAUUGAAAGUGCCCUCCCUUACGUUGUUGGAAAAAUGUUUGUGGAUGUGCACUUCCAGGAAGAUAAGAAGGAGAUGAUGGAGGAAUUGAUUGAGGGUGUUCGCUGGGCCUUCAUUGACAUGCUGGAGAAAGAAAAUGACUGGAUGGAUGCAGGGACAAAAAGGAAAGCCAAAGAAAAGGCAAGAGCUGUUUUGGCAAAAGUUGGCUACCCUGAGUUUAUAAUGAAUGAUACUCAUGUUAAUGAAGACCUCAAGGCAAUCAAAUUUUCAGAAUCGGACUACUUUGGCAACGUUCUGCAAACCCGAAAGUAUUUAGCACAGUCUGAUUUCGUCUGGCUAAGAAAAGCUGUUCCAAAAACAGAGUGGUUUACAAAUCCAACAACUGUCAAUGCCUUCUAUAGUGCGUCUACCAACCAGAUCCGAUUUCCAGCAGGAGAACUGCAAAAGCCUUUCUUUUGGGGAACAGAAUAUCCUCGAUCUCUGAGUUAUGGUGCUAUAGGAGUAAUUGUUGGACAUGAGUUUACACAUGGAUUCGAUAAUAAUGGUAGAAAAUAUGAUAAAAAUGGAAACCUGGAUCCUUGGUGGUCUAUGGAUUCAGAAGAAAAGUUUAAAGAAAAAACAAAGUGCAUGAUUAACCAGUACAGCAACUAUUAUUGGAAGAAAGCUGGCUUAAAUGUGAAGGGGAAGAGGACCCUGGGAGAAAAUAUUGCCGAUAAUGGAGGUCUGCGGGAAGCUUUUAGGGCUUAUAGGAAAUGGGUAAAUGACAGAAGGCAGGGAGUUGAGGAGCCUCUCUUACCAGGCAUCACAUUCAACAACAACCAGCUCUUCUUCCUGAGUUAUGCUCAUGUGAGGUGCAAUUCCUAUAGACCAGAAGCUGCCCGAGAACAAGUCCAAAUUGGUGCUCACAGCCCCCCUCAAUUUAGAGUCAAUGGUGCCAUUAGCAACUUUGAAGAAUUCCAGAAGGCUUUUAACUGCCCACCUAAUUCCACGAUGAACAGAGGCAUGGAUUCCUGUCGACUCUGGUAGCUGGAGUGCUGGAUUCUGCCAUCCUGAGAGAACUACUCACUUAUUUAGACCUAUAUUCCCCUGAGGACUUUUAUUUUUGAUGCAUUUUCAUUAUUUGGGUAGAUGACCUGCUUGGAUCUAAAUAGUAUCUGUUCAGAGUCAUAGAUCUUAAAAAAGGGAAUAUAAGAAAUGCACCAUGUGUUUUUCUUUAGAAAAUCAAACCAACAAAAGUAAAUCCCUGGGCUACUUGUGUUAAAAUGCUUUCUGCUGAAUUCUUCCUAUUUUCCAUUUUAGUCUUUUAGCCACAGCUCAGUGGUACAUACCAUUUCAAUGUAUAGCUUUCCAGGGGUCCUAGGUAGAAUGUGUUCAUCAAAAAGUUCAGUCCAGUAAACUUGUAACCCUCAGUGAUGAAGACAUGUGUAUGCAUACAUGGAAGGCCUUGCUGCUCUGUGGACUGCAUUGCUAGAUUUCAUGGGCAGUCAUUACUACAGCAUUUCUUAAUGCUAAGGUAGUUAAACAAAAACUAUGUUGGAUCUCCAUUACAUUUUUAAAUGAAGUUCUUGCUUUCAGCUUUGGAGUCUCUCUGAAUGAAAAUGUGCCUCAUAAUUUGCAUCUGAUUGCCCUGUUCAGGUAAAGGUUGAGUUUAUCAAAUAGGAAGAAAAGGAAAUAUUAAGUUCCAAAAGAAGUAAAAACUCCUAGUCAUGCAACAACAGGGAAAUUAGGAGAUGAAAUCUUCAAAAUUUUAUCUAGUCUGUAUGAUCCUGUUUCUGUAACGAGCAGGUAUUGAGAGGAGGAUUUUCCAAUUCCCCAUUAGAAACACAUGGCUUUCAUUUUCCUUUAGUGCAAAGGGACAAAUGCUACAUUUAGAGAAAGCAAAAUGCUCUUCUAUUUCAUUUCAGUUAAUGUUCCCUCUCUUUAAAAAGAAAACCUUUAAAAAUUUUCUUGAUUGAAGCCAUUUUAGGAUAUAUUGAUUCAAUUUAAAAUCCUCUGAAUAGAACGAAGGAAUAUAAUUUUUACUUUUCAAGUCUCUGAAGAAAGAGCAGUACUAUGUUUUUGAUCCUUGGAGCAUUAUCCUUUUAAGUGAACUCCUCUAUCUCUUAGUGUGUGUGUAUGUAGGAUAAAAUUGUAAUAGCAUUAAAGUGGUUACCUGGCGUUUCGUUUCUUAACAUAGGCUCCCCUACCCCAUCACAUUAUUCAUUGUACAUGAGGUACUGGGUUAAGUGGGUCAAUAAGAAAAUCUCGAAAGCAAAAUGACAAAUUCAGACUAACCACAGGAGGUCAUUUUGCAUCCCUGUGACUUGUCAUCCUUUUAAAAGACAUAUGAGUGUGUGCCACGUCCUUUUGUAACCAUGGGAACUUCUGAAGGGAGAAAAAUGGAGGGGCACAAUCAUGAGGAAAACAAUUACACUGCAUUAGUCAGAGGAGAGUGAUUUUCCCCUUGACUUCCUCCUCUCUGAAUGGAUAAACUUCUGAAGGGCAGCUACCUUUUCCUCCUCUUAACCACAGCUUAAUGUGACCUUAAUAUGUAUGUCUAAAAACAAGUAGUAUUAGGUCACGGGUGCUGGAAAUGCAUGUGCCUUUUCUUUGGAGUAAGGAUUUCAAUUUGAUUUAGACGUGUAAAAUAUUGUUUUAUUUCUGUACUUGAGUGCUUAAAAUUAGCUAGGUUUGUCAUGCUUAUAUGAAUAGUACUUUCCUUUUAGACUUCUUUUUAAAAUUCCAAAUAAACACAUUCCUGCAGGUCAGAGAAAGUGUUUGAUAAAAGCAUAGAAUUAUGAUUUUGGAUGUAGAAAUUAAGUCACUUGUUGGUCCAGGAAAACUGGUUGGUGAUCAGUUGGGGCUCUCACAGCUUCUAGAUGACAGGGUUCCCUUGUCCUGUUUAACUUUGCUUGAUGUAACUCAGUUCUACUGAAAAUUGUAUAUAGUAUGGCCAUUAUUAAAACAUACCAAAGUAGCAAUACCAAAUCAUCAGUAUUAACUAAGACAAUUUCAUAGGAUCAGAUUUCCAAGUGCUUGUGUUUAACUCUUCAAAUUAUACUAUCCUUGUCCUUCUCUUUGAUACAGACUGCUAAAAGAAACAGACAUUGAUUUAGUUGUAAAGGGAGGAAGAUAAGAUACAACUAGAAAGGAAAGGGGAAAGGUAGACAGAAACUGGCCUAAGAAUGUGGCUCUGAAGAAGAAGACAGGAUUUUGGAGAUCCUUGCUGAGCAAAUGUAUUGGAGGAGAGCCAUAAAGUUUUACAAAAAUCAUUAUGGUAAAUUAAAAGUAAAUUACAUAUUGGAUCCCAGACUGGGGUUGCAAUUACACAUUUCUCUGAUCCAUGUACCAGGUGUUCUCUUGUGAACUUUUAUCUGGGCAUUGGAAGGGGUUAGGUUUGUUAGUUAAGUCCUCCUGGAGUAAUUAAGAAUUCUGUGUAUAUAAAAUGGUAUUGUUUGGACUUACUACCAUUGCCCAAAGUUUGCUGAGCUUUUCACCAACUGCUCAGCAUUGGCUUCCUAUUUCCAUUUUUUUCCUUUUAUGAGAUGAACUGGGAUAUGACUAAUGCAAGCUCAGGAUUCAUAAAUUAUCCUCAAGUUUAUUUAGUGCCUUGCCUCAAUGGAGCUUAAAGCACAGCACAUAAAUUUUAUCACUAAGAAGCAACUAUGAACUAUGGCUUGCCAGACAGGUUAUGCUCAUGCUAGAGAAAUGGACAGGCUUGAAAUUUCUUGUCAGGUAUCUCAGAGUGAGAAAAGACAAAGUCUUUAUACUUUGGAUUACUGAACUCUGUAUUAAUCUUCAUCCCUUAGAACACACAUUUCCAAAUAUAUUUGGAAUAUAUCCAUCAAUAUUUCUAUAAUCAAAGCAUUUAAUAGGCUUCUUCCUUGAUAUUUUUAACAUAAUGACUCAGUUACAUCUGAAUUAUGGAAGAAUAUUUGACUGUUUCAAACAACAUUCUCAUCACCAGUAGAAGUGUCCCACUGGUUCAAAGAAAGGUGUUUUUUGAUUAUGCAUUUUUUAUCUAAACAGUCUGUGAGACUAGUUUGGUUGUUUUCUUACCCUACUUGUGAAACAAUGAGAACAGUCAUUUUAAGGAUAAUAAAAAGUUGAUUGAA